GCCCAUUACUGAUUAUGUUAUUGGGUUAGAAGCUAAGAUAUUUGGGCCAGUUGCUGAAUUGAGGAAAACCCAACGUGUGAUGUGGGAUCCAGGUUGAGAUAAGGCUGGUGAGCUAAAAAGAAUACAAGGCUUAUAAAUAGCAGGAGGGUGUAGGGAGUAGAGUAUGUGAAUACUGAGUCUUUUCUUUAUUUUGGCUUAGCUCUUGUUGGAGCAUUCUGUAACCUCCCUCCAUUCUUAUUUUCCUUUUAUUUUACAUCCUUGUUCUUAGUAUUGUUCAUGGUUGGAACUAAUAGAAAUUCUCUAUCUUCUUCAGUAAAUAUGGAUCCAUCACAUUGGUGCUUUCAUUGUCCCUCCUCUACCAAUUGGGUGGCUUCCUUUUCAUCUCCUCCAUACCCUCCGACUCCCCUUCCACCCCCAAGCCCUACUUUUCCGCCUCCAGUUCCAGAUCAAUCCCUCUUACCAGACAUGAGUUGCGACUCCAUUCUAUUUGCUGAACUAACAGAUGAAGAGACUAAUAUGAAAGUUGCAGUUUCAGCGCAUGUCUACUCAGACAUGACUGCAGAACUGGUGUUCGACGAAAUGCCUCACCGCCUCUCCAAGGUGUUUGUUGCUCCACAGCCCAAACAAAGGCCCGACACAUUGGAGUUUGAGCACUCUACAAUUGCUACCACUUCGUCUGUUGAAUCUGCGAAUAUUAAAGAUACAUCCACUGAGUUGAACUCUGAUUUGGAUAACAAAACAGCGGAAGCAGGUUUCGUGACGGAAACUCUUGAUUCACAGCCACUUGUGAUUGUUACUGGGGAUACAAAAUCAGAAUUCGAGCGGCACGAAGCUUUGUCCAUUGGCUUUAUUUUCCCAGACCUUGAGAAAUUUGGAGUUGUUUCCUCACUGUUCGAUGAAAUGCCUGACAGUCGUGUAGCGUAUAAGUAUAGUCUAACCUCUGAAUAUGUGGCUGCUCCACAUAUGUUACUUCAUUUCCCAUUUGAUCCUGGGUUAUCGACAAAGGUGCAACAGUAGCUUGUGUUGGACAUACCGCUAUUUGCAUAUUCUCAUUCUUUUUGGACGUGACAGUGUCAUACUCAUGUGCAAUAAUCAAGAGUGCAGAUGACGACUUGAAAGUUGUACAACUGUAUGCGCAUUCUCUUUUUGUUGAAAAGUCAAGAAUUAGAAAGGCAUAUCACAUUGUCGAGAUUGGAUUUGGUCUGGAAAGUUUGGUUACGGAAAUUGACAAGCCACCAGGCUAUACUACUGCUACACUUCUUGAAGAGAUGUUGUUGAUGACAGAAUUUCUACCAAAAAAAUGGAGCCUGCACUAUUUUGCAAAUGUUGGAUUGGGUUGGCAGAUUUACUUGCAAUUUUGAUGCUCGUGCUAGUUAACUUUUUAGACUCGAGAGAUUCAACCAUAUUUCCAAUAAAAUAUGUUGUUAGCUCUUGCACAUUACAUAAUAACAAAUAUUUGAUAGCUAAAUAUGCCAAAGACUCAAGCAAACAAGGGGCUACUCAGUUGAUCUAUCUUGGAGAGAAGUAUUUUGCUGCUGAAGAAAUCUUAUUUAUGGUGCUUACAGAGAUGAAGGAAAUUCAGUGUCAGGCUACCGAGAUUGCUGGUGCUACUGUUGGUUUCAAUGUCGUGCAAGUUAUCACUAAGCCUAUAGCCGCUGCUACUGCUUAUGGUUUGGACAAAAAUGUUUCUAAAGGUGCCAUAAAAAAAUCUGCGAAUAUGGUUAACAAAAUGAGUGACCUUGGAUUUCCAGCUACAUGUUUUGCUUGCAGUCAGUUGCUCUCUCUAUAUAACCAGUUUAAUAAAAUACAGUCUGCAAAUAUUUUUCUGCUAGUGGAUAAAGAAAACAUAAAGCCAAAUGCCUUCACUUCCCUUAAAAUGAUAGAUUCCAAGGAUCACUCUUAUGACAUUGCCGAAAUGGCGCAUAUUAUUGAGACCAUACAGGUUGAAAGGAUAAAGCUUCAUAUUCAUAUACCAGGCGUCAUGGCAAAGCAUUAUACAUUUGGUGGUCUCGUAGAAAAGGUGACACCACUUGGUGUGCAAGAGAGUCUCCUUAUAGCAGUCAUCAAAGCUUCUUUAAAACUAGUUAUACUAGUGUUGAGGUGUGGAAAUUCAGUGUGUAUAUCCUUUGUUGAGGCAGUUCUGAAGAUACUUUUAUCCGCCUUACAUGUUGACUCUAUGGAUAGUGGAAGUCUGUACUGCAUUCUCACUCACAAUUUGGUUGCAUUCAGUGAUGUUAUCCAAAAAUAUAAUUACGUAGAAGAGGCAACCAACGAAUUAACAAUUGAUGGUUUAUCAAAAAUAUAUUUUGUCCUUGUCCAUGAUGGUGGAUUUACCGCCUGGAACCAUUGCACUGUUAGCGGAGGCUGGAUUUAAGGUGACUACAGUGGAUGUAACUGGUGUAAGCAUUCAUUCUUUUGACACAAAUAGCAUCACCAGUCUACCGCAGUAUGCAAAGCCACCCAUUGCUUUUCUUGGAAUGCUUGCUGAUGGAGAGAAGGUGAUUUUGGUGGGACAUGAAUUUGAUGGUGCCCGCAUAUCAUUUGCAAUGGAGCUCUAUCUUUCUAAAGUUUCAAAAGCAGCAUUUGUUACUGUAGCAAAUAUGCAGAGUCUCAUCUUGUUCUUUAGCCUUAGAGAAUACUUUGGUAUGGAGAAAAUUGGUAGCAGGUUUGCUACUAACAUUGUUCAUGAGCCGAACCUUGAGGACAAGGUUCUUAUUGACGGUGGGGGUAUUGUUAUGAAUACCCAUUACUGAUUAUGUUAUUGGGUUAGAAGCUAAGAUAUUUGGGCCAGUUGCUGAAUUGAGGAAAACCCAACGUGUGAUGUGGGAUCCAGGCUGAGACAAGGCUGGUGAGCUGAAAAGAAUACAAGGCUUAUAAAUAGCAGGAGGGUGUAGGGAGUAGAGUAUGUGAAUACUGAGUCUUUUCUUUAUUUUGGCUUAGCUCUUGUUGGAGCAUUCUGGAACCUCCCUCCAUUCUUGUUUUCCUUUUAUUUUAGAUCCUUGUUCUUAGUAUUGUUCAUGGUUGGAACUAAUAGAAAUUGUCUCUAUCUUCUUCAGUAAAUAUGGAUCCAUUACAGGUAGGGUGUGAUCUCCCAGGCAAACUGAUUGAUCGAACGUGAUUGGAUUUUGAAGAAAGUGAAGCCAUUUCUUAUGGUUUUCUUUCAGAUUAGGGGAUUUCACAAAGUUUUGAUGGAAUUUAAUUUUAGGAGUUGGUAUUUAUAGGAAAACAACCAUGGGAGGAGACAAGAUGAGCAAUGGCCUAAUUAAAUCAGCAUGUGAUUGCACAGCUGGAUCUUUUUGGAACUUGUAAACCUGCUACACAUUUGGCCAACAAAAGGGGAAGGAACGCAUGAGAAUGCAUAUUGAGCUACAAGGAGAGAAUACAUUCAGGAGAGAGCUCCUCAAUCCAAUCAGGCACCUAAAUGCUCCUUCUAAUCCAUCGUUAAAACUCUCAAGGAGGUGAUCCGGUAAAGCUGGUUUCUGUACUUAAGUGAUCUCCUUUUCUCCGUCUGAUAGAGGAUUGAAGAUCUCUGACAUAGGCAGGGGCACACUUAGUUGGCUAAGCAAGUCUGGUGGGCCUGUCCAUGGCACUACACAUUUAGAAGCUACCCAGGGACGCCGUGCCCAUGACAUUAUAUAUGUGAAAAAUGUCUAGCCAACUUCAGAUCAGUGCAAUAGAAGUUUCCCGAUUAGCAUGAGAAGAUCUUUAGGAGAGAACUCUGCAAUGUAAUCAGGCACCUAUGUUCCUUCCAAACUAUAUUCGAAGUUGUCAGCUGAGCCUCAAAAGAGUUCUAUCCACACUUCAAAUCUAUUUUUGGGGAGCGUACAUAUUGUUGUUUUCAGGGACUGCUAGAGGAUCUUUUGGGAGCAAUGCAAUUAUGCUUGCUGAGCAAUGCCACUUUAGUCGUUCAUACUAAACUGAUAUUGAGUCGAGCAAAGUGGCAUUGUUAAUUGCUCCAUUUAUAUGUUCGAAAGAAUGGUCGGUUGGCUGCUUUGCCCGCUGAUCUGGUGCCAGAUCCUUGUGCUAGAUCUUCAUUUUGUUUUCUUUGUUGAAUUUGGCUAAGGAUCUAGAAGAAAAAGGCCAUAGGAUAAGCCUUUUGAUUAGAUCUACUGCUUCCAAUUAUCUCAGAAGGAAGAUGGAUGAAAUCAAGAUUGUCAUAUGUCUCCAUAUCUAGUUGGACUAUGAAGUAAGAUAAGCAGAUCAUAAGCUAUAUUUCUUAUUUAUCAGUGACGCUAAAAAUAUGGUAGAUAAGGAGCAUAAGGAAGAAGCUUUUCAUCCAGAUUAUUGCCCUUCAUUAGUUUGAUCUUUGAAGCCAAUUAUGCAGAGAAAGUAUGUAAUGAAUAUGCUAUGCGUUUUAUCUGUUUCCCCAUCUAGUCUAAAGAGGACCAUUUCAUCGGAUAUCGAGAUAUUUGAGACAAAAACUUAACCUGAUAUCAGAGUAUGGAACAACAACUGCCAGAUUAACAAGAAAGAACAUUGAGGAGAGAGCUUCUAGAUCUAAUCAAGCACCUAAAUGUAGCUUCCAGUGCCUUUUCAAAGCUGUCAAGGUACGCCCCGAAGGUUCCCAGCCUGGUUUCUAAGCUCGCGUUUCCUUCUUGGAGUUCAGGUGCUAUUCUGUCUUUUUGUACCAAUCUUGAAAGCAAUGACCAUUUUGAUUGCUUAGGCUUCAAAAGUGGCACACACAGGAAGGACAAGAGCAUUUGGAAAGUUGAAAUGCAUACUGCAUUAGCUUCUCUUAAUGCUCUAAUCGCAUCUAUUGUAUCUUCAUCUGCAUCUAGCAAGACUGAUAUUGCAGUCUCUUGAUCCAUUUGUUUCAAAGUCAAGACUAAUCUUUUGGCAUCCCUCUUGAUCUUCUUGCUGAAAGAGUUAAAUCUGGUAACGUUGUCGUCUGUGGUUGAAUCUCCUUUUCUCCUCCUGAGGGAGGAUUGAAGAUCUCUUACAUUUUCUUUAUAUUGCGAGACAAGUUCCCUUGUAGUGCCACAAACAUCAAGAAGCCUCACGGAUUUGUCCAAUAAAUCUUCAAUCAAUUUAGCAUCUAGACUUUGGCAAAGGGUUUGUGGCAAGUUGAAAAGAUCAUCUAUGCACUUGUAUAAUUUUUCCAAUCCGAAUAGACCACUGUACACAGUGUCUGCUGUUGGUGCAACUGAUAAUGAUUUGAGCUUGUUUAUCUCCUCUUCAACUCUUUGGGUGAUAGGGUGUGAUCUCCCAGGCAAACUGAUUGAUCGAACAUGAUUGGGUUUUGAAGAUAGAGCGGCCAUUUCUUAUGGUUUUCUUUCUGAUGAGGAAUUUCUCAAAGUUGUGAUGGAAUUGAAGCUUGAGAGUUGGUAUUUAUAGGCAGUACACCAUAGGAGGAGACCAGAUAAGCAAUGGCCUAAUUAAAUCAGUAUGUGAUUGCACUGUUGGAUCAUUUUGGAACUUGUAAACCUGCUACACAUUUGGCCAACUAAAGGUUCUGCUGAUUACUUUCAUUAUUCCUCUUAGUUAUGGGAUAAACAUGAGGCAUCUCAUUAUCAUGUGGGUUUUUUAAUGAUUUGCCUUUUUCUGUCCCCAGACAUGGUGCCAAUACUAUGACACAAUUUUUUUA